GCAUAUAUAUAUAUAUACACACAUAUAUAUACAUAUAUAUAUAUAUAUAUAUAUGUGUGUGUACAUAUAGAGGAGGGAGAAACGAAGCUGCAGAUGUUUUGAUCCAAGACCAAAAAACAUCAAGUGUGAAAAAAGGAAAUCUUUUUUUACACGAAGUCCUUCUUCUGAGAAGAAAUCCUUUUAUUUUUGUAGCUGUAAUGGCGUUUUAACUACCUCACUUACAUAAUAUAUAUAGAUAUAUCUAUAUAUAUGUGUGUGUAUCUAAAGCUGUGCUUUAAGAACUGUGAGUCAUACUGUGAGAGCUCGUUUACAACUUGAAUAACACGAAGGCAGGCCUUUGCUCCUAACCAAGUGAAUCCUUACAUUUGCACUACUGAAGUCAGUCCACUCAAGUAAUAAUAAUAAUAAUAAGAAGAAGAAGAAGAAGCAGAAGCAGAAGAAGCAGAAGAACACGACAUUGCUUUAGAAGCCACAGGUGAAGCCUCAAAGGAGGAGAUAACCCGGCAGCUCUUCUUCACGCCGUGGAGUCGUCGCCGGCGGCCAUGUUCCAGCGCCUGAGCAGCCUGCUGUUCGGCGAGGUGGAGGAGGUGGCGGCGGAGCUGAAGGGGCCCGGCGCCCGCGUGACGGAGGCCGACGAGGACGGCUGGCUGCUCGUCCACCUGCCAGAGGGCGCCACGGCGGAGGCCAGCCCGAUGGAGGACCUGCUCAUCGAGCACCCCAGCAUGUCCGUGUACGUGUCCCCGAGCGGCUUCUCCGUGGUCGCCAGCGGCAACCUGUCCGUGGUGGGAGAGGAGAGCAUGGCGGGCAGCGUGAGCAGGGUGGCAGAACCCGCCGCUGCCCCCGCCGCCCGCGGCGCGGCGCCCACUAGGGCGAGCCGUGGAGCAGCCGCUCAGGCCGGAGCUCUGGCCAAGGUCACCCAGGUCGCCCGGGUCCAGCGCGGCAAAGCCCGCGUCGAGCGACGCCACCUGGGCCGCAACCGCAUCCAACGGCAGAACCGCACCAGGGAGCAGGUCCCUCGCCACGCGGGCUACGCCAGAAACACCUUCCUCCACCAGCCCAGCAAGCGCAACAUCUGCCACUGAACUCCAGGGGGCGCCGUUCAGGCCGAGGGCAUUUUAGCAGAGCGGCGGCACCUCCACGCCAGAUCACACGGAGUCACUCGCUUUCAUUUCUGCACAUUGCAUCAAAGUCGACUCAGACGCCAGCAGACCGGUAGCUCUCCUUUGGGUUCGGGACACAAACCGACUCCACCGGUGGUUUGAUGCCCUCUGUGUCGACCGCGAAGAAUACUUGUUGUCCAAUGCAGUAUCCAAACAACAACAACAAAACAAAAAAAGACUCUAUAUAUAGGAUAAACUUAGAAACAAUAAUGUCUGAAAAACCACAAAAAAAGUUCAUUAUUCUUAGUGAAGCGUUACGUUUUUAUUUCACUCUUCCCUAAGUUUCUUUUUUCAUUAUUUAUGAAUUCAAUCAUUCCUUUUUUUUUUUUUUUUGAUUUUAAAUUUAAAUAAACCAAGUGUACUUUGAGACGUUUUAUUGGUGGAAACCGUGGAAACGAGACAGAGAGAGUUAACCCUUCGUGAAACAACUCAUCGCAAGUGUGAAGUGAGUGGAGAGGAAGGUCACUCUCUCUCUCUCUCUCUCUCUCUCUCUGUCUCUCUGUCUGUCUCUCUCUCUCUCUGUCUCUCUCUGUCUCUCUGUCUGUCUGUCUCUCUGUCUCUCUCUCUCUCUCUGCCUCUCUCUGUCUCUCUGUCUCUCUGUCUGUCUGUCUGUCUCUCUCUCUCUCUCUCUGUCUCUCUCUCUCUCGCUCUCUCUCGGGUUCCACCAGAAGAAAGAAAAGAAGGUUCCUGUCAGACGAAGAGAAAGUACACUUCUGGCAUUUAAAGCCAACAAAAUAGCAAAAAGAGAGAGAAGACGAUCAUCUAGACGUGUGGUCUGUAAACUACGAAGUAAAGUGUGUGUGUGUGUGUGUGUGUGUGUGCGCGCGCCUCUGAGAUCUUGAGAUCCAUGUUGAACACCAAAAAAAAAAGGAAAGCUUGACCUUUUAUUUGUACACUUUAGUUGAAAAGUCCCUGAGGAGAAAAGGGGAGGAGCCUCCAACAGCCCCCCCCCCCCUCGGCACAUCCAGGACAUCCUCUUGCAUGAGGUCGUGCCGGUGCAGCCCGGUGCCCCCCCCCCCCCUCGAGCUGACAGAUAUGUAUUCAACCACAAUAGAAACGACGGUGCUGACGCGUUCACUGACGCUUGUAAUGAUCGGAGACGUGGAUGUGAGUUUUGCUCCGUUGUGUGAGUCAAAGUUUCAGCGCUCCAUUCUAUUUCUCUUGUGAAGUUUUUGUUUUGUGUGUGAGGUGUGACACAAAAAAACUCUUAAAAAGAAAGAAAAAAGAAACAACAACAACAUGAUGGUCAUUUAUUUUCUCUUGUAAAUAUUGCAGAAACAUUCGAGAAACAUUUUUUUUUUUUAAAAGGCAGCGCGCCUCGCAGCGGAGCCUGAGCACUGCUGCACGGAUGCAGAAUGAUGUGGUUUUAAUAUGAUAUAUUACAUAAUGUGUUUUAAAUUGUGUUCGUCUGGAGGAUUCAAGUCAGAUUGAGAGGAAAAUAUUCAAAACAAAUGUCUCGUCUGGUUUAGAUUAUCCAGAAAAGAGGAAUGCAUUAAUUCCCCCCUAAACAUCAAGCACCUCUGUUUUAAUUCUUGCUGAUGAUCAUUUUUUGUUUUAUUCAAUAAUCUCUUGAAGCGACAGUUGACCAGAAAUACACAUUUUCAAUCUUACCUGUUGUGCCAUGUUUUGUUGUUGUGAAAUCGAGAUUUGAUAACUCAAAAAUAAUUCACCUUGUUUUGAGCAACAUGUAUAUACAUAUAGUCCCAUUAUCCUCCUCAAAACAAUCUACAUUGAUAUAUUUAUAUAUAUAUAAAUAUAUACUACAAGUAAGAGCAAAACCUUUUUAUUAUUAUUUUUGGAUUGAACUGUUCCCUUUAAUAUCUGUUAAUUUAUUAUAUAAUUAUGAAUUGUUAUCUUUUAUUCUGUUUAAAGGUGAUUUAUGUGUCCUGUUGAUUCCUCUGACUUGUGUAGAUCUGAGGUGACGAGUCCAUCUCACACACACACACACACACAACCUCUUGUGUUUUGACUCCCUCACUAUUCUGAUUGUGUUGAGGUUAAUAUUCUGUUGUAAAGACGUACAUAGUGUGAAAACCGGCUGAUACUGAGAGAUCGCAGCUGAAUGUGUGUGUGUGUGUGCGUGUGUGCGUGCACGAAAUGAAAUGUAAAGACCACCACGACCCCGUCCCGUUUGCCUCAGUUUUAUUCUCAGAUGUGAUUUUUGUUGAACGUUUUGGUUUGGGGGUGAAGGUCAUGCAGCGAUGCGAAGGAGAUAGUUAUACAUCUAUAAAUAUAUAUAUAUUAAACAAAUAAAAUGUAUGCUAAAGAAAAACAACUACGAUAGAACAUGCUUGUGUUUUCCCAUUUAGUUCUGACCCGUUUGAAAGAGGCGCUGAAUGUCUGGUUUCCUCCGUCUUGUGAAACGAUGGCAGCUUGACAACACGUCACAUCUGGAUGAGUAAAGCCCUUCAUCAACACAUGAGCUAUGUAGACUUGUACAAUGUGGUGUAUCUGAUAUCUACAGUAUGGUGACUGUACCUUUCACUAUUUCUGCAUGGUUUUUGUGAUGUUCCCUCAAAGUGGACAGUAUGCAAAAAUCAAUGGAUGUUUGUUUUUCCAGCAUCCAUUCAGAAAACACAGGUACCCGCCAAAAAAAGAACAAAAAAAGAAAGAAACAACAAUAAAUACUCAGGUUAACACCUGAA